AUGCCCUCCCCGUCCAAGUCCUCCGGCCUUAUCUCCACCCCCUCCCUCUCCCCAUCCCUCGCCCAAACCCUCAUGUCCGCCUCCCUCGCCUACGCCGGAUCCAUCAAAGUACCCAUCAACAUCUGGAUAUUCGACCCCUCCCUCCACCCCCUCCUCUUCCACCGAAUGGAAGGCGCCAAGCUCACCUCGAUCGAUAUCGCCUACAACAAGGCCCUCACAGCGGCGGGACACCGGCUGUCGACCGACAAGUACGGGGAUAAGGUGAAUGGGCUGUUGCAUGGGAUUGGGCGGAGUAAUGGGGGGAGGUUCUGCACGAUCGCGGGCGGGGAGCCGAUCUUUGUGGAUGGGGUUUGUGUGGGUGGGGUGGGUGUGAGCGGGGGGUUGCCGAGUGAAGAUAAGGACAUCGCGCUGGCAGGCAUCAACCACCUUCUCAGGACCUUGUCUGCAAACGGUCCGGUCAAGGCGAAGUUAUAG